GGUUUCCGUGUUUUACGAAGAAAAGACAGCGCGAGUGCUUGAACACAUUUUUCCCGGAGGGCUCGAGAUACGGCGAGUACAAUGAGCGUCCGGCAGCGAAGCGAAUAGCAACGCUUCCCUUGCCUUAUGCGAGAAACAACGAGAUGACGUCAUUGACAACUCCCGCUUGUGAGAGUGUGAACAGGUCGCGCUUCUAUCCCGGCUUUACGUUUUCCGGAGCCAUCAUGCACGUAUAAGAACCUCCAGAAUCCUCUUCAGGGCAGUCCGUGAGCUUCUUUCAACGUCGCCGAAGGCAUAGGAGCAGCAAUGAACGCCCUGAGCGCAGUCGUCCUCUUCUGCGUCACUGUGCAAACUACAAUGGCCGGCGGACAUCUUGGUGGCUACGACUUUGGCUUCAACGACGCCUACGGGUUUGGGUACGGCGUCAGCGGAGUCGGCAUUGGUAGCAGUGUAGCGCUUCUGCGCGGAGGUCCAGGCCUGUUCAAGGCCGUGGAAGGUCCAGCGUUUCUGGUGAAGACUGUGCACCACGUGAACAAGAUGCACGGCGGAGGUGCUCUCCUCGCGCACUCUGGCCUGGGAGGAGGAUAUGGAUUCGGAUACAGAGGCUACGGAUAUGAAGGCUUUGGAUUUGAUGACGGCUUUGGAUACGGUGGUGGUUACGGCUUCGGCUACGGUGUGAAGCCGUGACCCCAUACAACUUGACCUCUUGAUGAGAGGUGUCCGGGGUACGACAUUUGUUUAUUGUCAUUGAAGGAAACGGCCGAACGGCGAAUGUCUGCUUCCGUAUCGACUGAAGCUUUCAGAGCCACAUACGUACGAUGCAAAC